AUGGCUAUUUUGAAUGAUAUUGCGCUUCGUGGAGAGCCAGGAUCAGUGCUGGUGUUUUUGCCAGGAUGGAAUGAAAUCAUGCUUGUCAUGAACUUUCUCAAUGCACACUCGGAGUUUUCGAAUAAGUCGAAGUAUGUGAUCUUGCCGCUCCAUUCGCAGUUGACCGGUGUAGAACAACGAAAAGUUUUCGAUCAUUAUGGAGAUAGCAUGAGAAAGAUCAUAUUAGCGACGAACAUCGCUGAAACUAGUAUAACCAUAGAUGAUGUUGUCUUCGUGAUCGAUUCCUGCAAAGCCAAAGAGCGAAUGUACACUUCCAACAACAAUAUGGUACAUUUUGCGACGGUAUGGGCAUCACGCACAAAUCUAGCACAACGGCGUGGUCGAGCUGGACGUGUACGCCCUGGAUUCGCCUUCCAUUUGUGUAGCAAAGCCCGAUUCCAGGCCUUGGAAGAACAUCGCACAGCUGAAAUACUCCGUACACCUCUGCAUGAAAUUGCUCUCACCAUUAAACUGUUACGUCUAGGAAGUGUAGGAGACUUCCUUGGGAAAGCUAUAGAGCCGCCUCCGUAUGAUAUGGUCGUGGAAAGCGAGGCAGUGCUUCAGAACAUGGGAGCUUUGGAUCGUCAGCUGGAACUUACAGAUCUUGGGCGCAUUCUUGCUCGUUUACCCAUUGAACCACUACUGGGGAAAACGAUAGUUAUGGGCGUUGCGUUUGGAAUUGGUACACUAAUGUGUGAUAUCGCUGCGUCUUCUUCGUUUUCAUCGCCAUUUGUGCCUCGUGAAAGGGCGCACACUCGAUUGAACUCUGCACAGCGCUCAUACGCCGGCGAUCGUUGGUCGGAUCACGUUGCCCUGAUAGCUGUCAAUCAAGCCUUUCAACAUGCUUCUGAGAUGGGUAUGCAAGCAGAAACAUCGCUAUGUAAUCGCGUCUCUUUGAGCCAAACUAUUCUCAAGAUGAGCGCUGGGGCGAAGUAUCAGCUGAUAGAUGUUCUCACCAAUCAGUGUGGAUUUGCUGGGGAAUUAUUCACUGAUGGAGCUUGUGCUCACGAAAGUGACUAUGAUCUGCUUCUCUCUCUACUCAUUGCUGCUUACUAUCCGAAUAUUUGCUAUUACAGAGGAAAAAGAAAGGUCUUCACACUUGAACAAGCUUCAGCCCUCGUUAGUAAAUCUUCUGUCUUGACACCAUUUCAUGGCGACAACUUUGAAUUGCCGUCUCCAUUGAUAGUUUUCACAGAGAAGAUCCGUACGCGAGUCAUCUCUUGUAAUCAGCUAUCAGUGAUUUCGGGUGUUCAGUUGCUGCUGUUCGGUUGUCGCAAAGUUGAAUGUAUUGGUCAAGACCUUGUGCGUCUCGACGACAUGAUUACUCUCAAAAUCGAUGUGUCAGUAGCAGCGUCAAUUGUGGCUUUACGACCUUGCAUCGAGGCUAUGCUUGUCCGAUCAUGUAUUAAUCCGGAAUCGCUUAUGACAGCGACUGACCAGGAUCGGGAGUUGUGCUCAUUAUUGCGAGAAUUAUCCUCUCGUGAGUUUUACGCUGGUGGAGGACCAAUGAAAGAUGACCUACUAACAGAUGCCGCCCUGGUGCAGCCAAUCACUGCAGGAAGAGGACGUGGAGGACGCUUCGGUGUUGCAGGUAAUCACUCCAUCGCUAUGGUUGAACUGACUGCAAAUGAUCGUGUUCCGCGCAAGCCUCGAAGUGACGUGUCAAAGGAUCCGAAAUGUGGCACAAUAGAGAACGAAGUGGAGUACAAACAGUUCAUGCAUGACCUGGAAGUCGAAUACGAAAUGGCACGACUGUCGUUGGAUGAACAAUUAUUGCACGCUCAGCAGUUGCGAACAGAUGCAAAAGCGUCCGCUGUCCAACCCACUCCACUAACGCAAUAUAUCAUCAAAGAGAUGGACGCUAAAGCUCAAAGAAAGGCUGAACGGCGUCGUGCAGCGCGAUCAGGUUUCGAUCGUUAUGACAUACCGAAUGCAGAGCGUAAAGGCGGUAUCAUUGAGGUGAAGAACAGUUCACGUGGCUGGGGACUACGGUCGUCACGCGCCGUUGCUGAUGACAAGGAGAAAGCGCGAGCGUCAGAAAGUGCCAAGAAGGACACAACGAAGGAGACGUUGAAGGAUGACUCCGCAGAUGCGGCUGAUCACCUGACUAGACUUUUUGCGAAUGCAAAAAAGGUGCCCGCGAGUGGAAGUGAGAGGAAGCCAUCGUCUGGCAAGUUUGAUAAAGGAGCAACGAAAUCGGAGGGAACGUGGGAAAGGCAAAGGAGAAUCGACAACUGCAAAUGCCGAAGGAGACGCGGAGUGGUACCCCACGGUCUCUGGGUGCGGCCGGGUCAUAAACUGACAGCGAACGGUGAAAAGCCGUCCGAUUCUCGCCUUGCCGACGAGAAUUCUGAAGCGAAACCAACGAUGCGACUCGACUUACCUAUUAAGAGAGCAUUGCCGCCUAAGCGGGAUCCGGCAGAGCGGCAGAAGAAGAAGGAAGGUCAGCCCUCACGUCCGAUCAAGAAGCCGUCAGAACGUUUGCUGGCGGCUGUUGCAGCGGCGACUGCGUCAAGCAGAGCGGCUACUACUUCAUCGGCUGACUUCACAUCGAAACAGUCAAAAAAGUAUUCUGAACGGAAUAGACGUAAAGAUGAACAAACGAAGGAUGAGAAGGAGUCUCCGACACAGUCAAACCCAAGCUAA